AUGAAUUAUCAACAAGUUUUGUUAAUCUUUGUUUUAUUUAUUAUUAAUUGUUAUGGAGUUAAAGAUAAAUUUGUUUCAAUUACACUUGAUGCAAAAUGGUUAGACACAUCACUUCAUCAAGAAGCAAGUGAAUUUCUUGCAACACAAAAUCAUCAAUAUUUUUGGUCGUUAAUUAAUGAUGUUAGUUCAUUUGAUUUAUUUACACCAAAUGCACUUGGUUCCACUGAAAUUUAUCAUGCUCAAUUAUUAUCAUUUUGUAGUCAAUAUUUGAACACAAUAACAAAUAGUUUAUUACAUAUGGCACUUGCACUUCGAUUUUAUUCACCAACUGUUCAAAUGAUGCGUAAAAUGGCUCAUGAUACUGGUAUGACACGUCAAUGUUCAACAUUUGUUGAUAUACAUGGUGUAUAUACUUGUAAUGUUGAUGAUAUUGAUAAUCUUAUUAAAUCAGCUAAUGAAAGAUCAAAAUUUGUACUACCAUUCGAUCAUCAUUAUUCAAUUAAUAAUAAUAUUGAACAGAAAUCACUUGUUACUGUUGUUCUCUACGGUGAUUUUGGUAAUCAGAAUGAGUUUAAACCUUUUCACGAUAAACUUGUUGAAUUAUCACUUAAUGGAAAAAUUGAUUAUGUCCUUCGACAUAAUAGUAAACCAUCAAUCGAUGAUCGACGAAAAGUUCGUUUGGCUGGUUAUGGUGUUGAGUUACAAAUAAAAAGUACUGAAUAUAAAGCAACAGAUGAUUCAAAAAUACGUGAUGAUCAAUUAAAUGGAACAGCUUCACAAUCCGAUAAUGAAAAACAAGAAGAACAAAUUCAUGGUUUUGUUUUUUCAAAACUUAUAGAUCUUCAUCCAAAUAAACAAAGUGAAUUAAAUGAUUUUCGUACAUAUCUUCUUGAUGGUUCAAAUCCAAUGACACCACUUAAAGCAUGGCAAAUGCAAGAUCUUAGUUUACAAUGUGCAUAUCGUGCAUUAACUGAAGAAACACCUGAAGAAGCAUUUAAUACAUUGGUAGAAUUAUCACAAAACUUUCCGUCUCGUGCUCGUGUUUUAUCAAAAGUUAAAGUUGAUUCAUCAUUUCGUGAAUCUCAUAAAUUUAAUCAAGAAGAGUUUCGUUCCAGUAUGGAACUUGAACCGGGUAAUUCAGCAUUAUUUAUUAAUUCAAUACCACAAUCAUUAGAUACAAUUGAUUUAUAUGUAUUAUUAAAUACAUUAUUAAAUGAAGGACAAAUGAUGGAACGUUUACAUAUGGUUGGUUUAAAUAAACAUCAUGUAAGACAAUUAUUAACAAAUGAAUUAAAUAUUCAAACAAUGAGUUAUAUACUUGAUUUUCGUCAUCCAUCAAUACUUUGGUUAAAUGAUCUUGAAAAAGAUAGUCAAUAUGCAAAAUGGCCAUCAACUUAUUAUGAUUUAUUACGUAAUAAUUUUUUUGGUGGUCUUCGUACAAUACGUAAAAAUCUUUAUAAUCUUGUUAUUAUUAUUGAUCCAUCACAAAUUGAUACAUCAGAAGAUUUAAUGAAAAAUAUUGAAGCUUAUUUUGUUCAUGAAUUACCAAUACGUAUUGGUUUAGUAUUUGUAACAACAGAUGAAUAUGGUAUAAAUGUUUAUCGUGCAUUUCGUUAUUUAUUAAAAUAUAAUGGAAAUCCAAAACGUGCAUUAACAUUUAUUAAUGAAUUAUAUAAAAGUAAAAAUAUGGAUGUUAAACAAACAUUUUCUAAAAUAGCAAAAUAUUCUGGUAGUUUAUCAUCAAUAUUCGAUGAAACAAAUCCAUUUGAAAAUGAACGACAUGAAAUGAAUUUAUAUUUUGAACAAAGUGGUUUAUCACGUGGUAUACCACAUGUUUUAUUUAAUGGUAAUCCAUUAACAUCUGAUGAAUUAUUACCAACAGCAUUUGAUGAUGUUAUAACAACACGUAUGUUAAAAAUGCAAUUUGAUAUACAACAACAAGUUUAUCAUGGACAAUUAAAAGAUUCCGAUGAUAUUAUUGAAAUAUUAAAUACAAAACCAAAUGUUGUUAAACGUUUAAAUCAACGUAUAUUUGGACAAACACCAUCAAUGCCAACAAUUUAUGUUGAUUUAUCAAUAAUAAAUGGUCAAACAAAAGAUUUAUUAGAUUCAAACAAAUUUCAAACAUUAUCCGUACGUGAACAAGCUGGUGUUAUUAUGGCUAGUAUGAUUUAUUUAGGAAAAAAAGAUGAAUUAGGUCAACCACUUUAUCCUAUUACAUUAUGGAUUGCUUGUGAUCUUGAUCGAUCUGAUGGACGACAAUUAUUUCUUAAUGCUUUAACAUAUUUAAAAAGUCAUACACAUGCAAGAUUAGGUUUAUUAGCUUCCUUCAAUUCUGAAUCGAAGCCAGGUAGUCAUCCAAUAACAAAAGCUGUUUAUACAGCUAUUCGUCUUCUUUCACCUCCAAUAGCUCGUACAUUUAUUUUAAAAUUACUUAAAGAUGAAAGUGUUAUCGAAGAUUUAUUAGCUCAACGUAAAACAUGGGCUGAUGUUACAGUAAGUGGUCUUAGUAGUCAAACACUUGAACAUGAAAUAGCAACAUUUGAUGAUAAUAUAUUUCAAUCUCAUUCAAUAUUUAUUCAACAUGGUCUUCAUUUACAACGUGGUUCACGAUUAGUUUUAGUCAAUGGACGUAUAUUAGGUCCAUUAUAUGAUAAUGAACAAUUUACUGAAGAUGAUUUUAUUCUACUUGAUAAACAUUUAUCAACAACGAUUAAUGAUCGUCUUGUUAGUAUAGUAAAUAAAUUAGAAUUAUCUAAUAAUCCAUCACAAUUAUCUGAUCUUCUUAUGCGUAUAUCAUCAAUAUUAAUUCAAAAUGAUAAAAAUUCUUCACCUAUAACACGUAAACAAACACCACGCAUAUCACCAUCAUCAAAAGCUAUGCUUUAUCUACCAGCACAACGUGCAGAUGAACCAGCAUUUUUACUUGAAACUAUUAUUGAUCCAGCAUCACGUGAUGGUCAACGUUUAUUAUCAUUAAUAUCAGCGUUACGUCAAUCAGUAAAUUAUGAUCUUAUUAUAUAUUUUAAUUGUAAAUUACAAUUAUCUGAAAUGCCAUUAAAAAGUUUUUAUCGUUAUGUUUAUGAUAUUAAUUUAGAACAAAUGCCAAGUGCUUUGUUUCAACAUGUGCCUGAAACACCUAUAUUAACAUUAGGCAUGGUUACACCAGAAUCAUGGAUGGUUGAAGCUGUUACAUCACUUUAUGAUUUGGAUAAUAUACAUUUAGAAGAUGUACCUAUUGGUGUUAAUGCUAAUUUUGAAUUACAAUAUUUAUUAAUUGAAGGACAAUGUUUUGAUGAGGCGCAAAGUUAUCCUCGUGGUUUACAAUUAAUACUAGGUACAAAUAAAACAAAAAAUAUAUUUGAUACAAUUGUUAUGGCUAAUCUUGGUUAUUUUCAAUUGAAAGCUUAUCCAGGUCUAUGGCAUUUAAAUUUACGUGAAGGACGUUCUGAUGAUAUUUAUACAAUAGCAUCACAUGAUAAUACAGAUUCAUCAACACGUACAAGUCAACCUGUUCUUAUUGCAAUACGUUCAUUUGAUGCACGUUGGAUUAAAGUUUAUGUUGGAAGAAAACCAGGAAAAGAAAAUGAAAAAUUACUUGAAGAUUCAUCAGAUGAAACACCUUCAAAUUCUGGUAGUAUUUGGGAUUCAUUUAGUUUUGGUAGUAGUUCAUCAUCAUCAUCAUCAUCAUCAUCAACUAAAAUCGAUGAUAUAACAGAUGAUACAAUAAAUAUAUUUUCUGUCGCUAGUGGUCAUCUUUAUGAACGUUUAUUACGUUUAAUGAUGAUAAGUGUACUUAAAAAUACGAAAAAACCCGUAAAAUUUUGGUUUUUAAAAAAUUUUCUUUCACCAUCAUUUACAAGUUUUUUACCAUAUUAUGCUAACCAUUAUAAUUUUACAUAUGAACUUGUACAAUAUAAAUGGCCAAAAUGGUUAACAGUUUAUCCAACUGAAAAACAACGUGUUAUAUGGGGUUACAAAAUACUUUUUCUUGAUGUUUUAUUUCCAUUAGAUGUCAAAAAAGUUAUUUUUGUUGAUGCUGAUCAAAUUGUUCGUGCUGACAUGGCAGAAUUACGUGAUCUUGAUUUACAUGGAGCUCCAUAUGGUUAUGUCCCAUUUUGUGAAAAUCGUCGAGAAAUGGAAGGUUAUCGAUUUUGGAAGAGUGGUUAUUGGGCCAGUCAUUUAGGUCAUCGACGUUAUCAUAUAUCAGCACUUUAUGUUAUUGAUUUGAAAAAAUUUCGUAAAAUUGCUGCUGGUGAUCGUCUUCGUGGUCAAUAUUAUGGUUUAAGUCAAGAUCCAAAUUCUUUAUCAAAUCUUGAUCAAGAUUUACCAAAUAAUAUGAUACAUCAAGUUAAUAUUUAUUCAUUACCUGAAGAAUGGCUUUGGUGUGAAACAUGGUGUGAUGAUGAAUCGAAAAAACGUGCCAAAACAAUAGAUCUUUGCAAUAAUCCACAAACAAAAGAACCAAAAUUAAAAGCAGCUACACGUAUCAUAGCUGAAUGGGCUGAUUAUGAUCAAGAAAUAAAAACAUUAAUGGCUCAAUGGGAAGAUGAAGGCAAACCAAAUUUAUUAUUAACAACAUUACCAACAAAUACAAUGAUUGUUGAUGAUGGUGACCCAACACAUUCAAUCGGUACACAUGAUCCUACUGAGUUGUGA